CUCUCUCUCUCUCCUCCCCUGUUCCCUUCCUCCUCCUGCCCAAGUUUAUCUCCCUCCAUACGAAGUAUCGCCCGCGAUCCCCAGGCGCUGGGAGCCUCCGCCGCCCCGCAAAUGCUGCCCCGAUCAUGAUUUUCCGCUGAAAGUGCUGCGGGUCUGGAAAUAAUGGGGCCUUUUUGUGCGGCCAAAGAUGGUAUCAUCAGAUCUAGGAUAUUGCGUUGCUGAAUUUUGGCGCAGGCUGCAAUAAGCAUGACAGUUGUGCAGACAAGGAUGCAUAGCCCUUCAUGUUCUGACUCUCCCGUUUGGAACUUUCUUCUCCUUAUGCAACCUUGUACGAUGAGUUCUAAGGGUGGUGCGGGUUCUACGGUUCUGAGUUUUAUUGUCGUUCAGUGAUUACUAGCAAAGCCUCUGUGGUGAAGCUCGCGACCAUGGACAGCAGGUAUAGAGUCAUAAGGGAGAUAGGUGAUGGAACUUGUGGAAACGUUUUUAGGGCUGUUAAGACAGAAACAAAUGAAAUUGUUGCUAUUAAAAAAAUGAAGAGAAAGUUUUACCAUUGGGAAGAGUGCAUUAAUCUGCGAGAAGUAAAGGCCCUCCAGAGACUCAACCACCCUAACAUUGUGGAGCUGAAGGAGGUGACGAUGGAAAAUCACCAUUUGUUCUUUAUUUUUGAACACAUGGACUGUAAUUUAUAUGAUCUUAUAAGAGAAAGGCCCGUUCCUUUCCCUGAAGAGGAGAUACGGCAGCUUAUGAUCCAAAUACUGCAAGGACUUGUGUAUAUGCAUAAUAAUGGAUAUUUCCAUCGUGAUCUGAAACCUGAAAAUCUGUUGGUGACAAAUGGCGUUGUUAAAAUUGCCGACUUUGGGUUGGCAAGAGAAGUAUGUUCCAGUCCUCCUUACACGGAUUAUGUAUCUACCAGAUGGUACCGUGCUCCAGAGGUGCUGCUGCAAGCUUCAGCUUACACACCUUCUAUAGAUAUGUGGGCUGUUGGUGCGAUUUUGGCUGAGCUGUUCACACUGUCUCCACUAUUCCCUGGUGAAAAUGAGAUUGAUCAGCUAUCCAAAAUAUGCACUGUGCUUGGGACCCCAGAUCACUCUGUCUGGCCAGAGGGGAUGAACCUGCCUGGCUCAAGUAGAUUCCGUUUUUGCCAGAAUCAAACCAGAAAUCUGUGGGAGCUUAUUCCUAAUGCUUCCUCGGAAGCUAUUGACUUGAUUAAGCAACUUUGUUCCUGGGAUCCACAGAGCAGGCCAACUGCUGAGCAAGCACUACACCAUCCAUUCUUUAAUGUUCGCAAGUGGGCACCAAGGGCUUUCCAUGAUAAUUCCUACUCAAGGAUGGAUGAAUCUAGAGCAAAUCCAAGGCUGGAAUUGGGCCUGGGCUUCGGUACAGAAUCUGAUGACCUUGAUCUAACUCUCAGUCUAAAGCCAAGUUCUUUAAAAGAUCUUAAUAAGCAUGUUCCAGAACAUAGAGAAGAGGAAAAUCUUCUAUAUCCGGGAUUUGGAAAUCCUCCUGUUCAGCCAGGGUUAUGGCCUCUCAUGUCAUCAUCACAUCACCCCUUGGGGGAUGUUCAGGCCAUGCCAUCCUGGCAACAGGCAUAUAUGGCUGACAGCCAAGCAGCGCUGCCAGCUGUUGGAGGAUUCUCAGGCUCUCCUUUCGGCCUGUUCCCUUUGCAGCCGAACCUGAUGGAGAGCCGAUCAUUGGCGCCGGCGCCCAUCCGGCAGGUCAAUUUCUUCUGACCUGACCGGCCGCACACCUGGUGCGGUUAACAGAUCAUCAUCCACCUGCGAGCUCUUUUUCCGCUCCAUACACCCGGAUUCUUCUUGGUUCUUCUAUACGAGUGCUAGACUCGAACAAUAAGCUGCGGCGGCAGCAGACAACAAAAAUGUACAUACAUAUUCGUUCCUAGGUUCCCGAAGUACCUUCUUACUAGAAGUUCAGCUUGCGAGACGAUUCCGUUACUCCCUCCCUGUACAUACCCACCAAACAACAGUUUUGUACGAGCGUGAUUCUUCUCGAUUUUAUAUGAUAUAUCAUUGAGCGAGUGAUGAGUUGAAGAUCA